AUGGAGCUGAAACCUUCGUCACCUAAACUUGGUGGUCUUUCUCCUCCUGAUUGUAUUGAUGAUCCCCAGGCGAAGGAAGUCAGUGAUGAAGAGGAUGAUGAUCGCAACCACAAGCAUCGCCGGCGUGAUACACGCUCUCAAUCAUUAGAGACAGAUUCUAUGGAUCCAGUUUUUAGAAGGCCAUACAGAAAGCACAAUAAACCUUUUGCAAAUGGGCAUCCUAUGAGAGAGAAUGAAUAUCAAGCAGGUGAAACCUGGAAAAACUACAACUGUUUGCCUCUUGACAAAGACUUGACAUCCAAUUUUCUUAGAGGACGCCCCCGGUUAGUUCCCAGAGAAAAUUCGGAUCUGAACCAGAGAAUAAGGCCAAACCAAACAUUUAGCGGAGAUUUUGGUCCUGGUAGGGGAAGAGGAAGGGAUUUCUCUUCUUGGAAUCAAUGUGAUCCUAGGUUUAGUUCAGUUAAUAUUGCUUCCCAGAUGGUUUGGCCAGGAUCUGUUGCUCCAAGUCUCUUUCCCGGAAGGGGAUUACCAAAUGUUUCAAAUGCACACAACUCAUCAUGGAGUGCCUUUGGGCUUAUGCCUGGAAUACCAAAUGGCCUAGAUACUCUCAAUCCUACUAGCUUUCGAGGGGUGCUCAGGCAACCAAUGAAUUCUUCAUUGAAUAUGGGCAUUCACCACCAGCGUUGUAGAGAUUAUGAGGAGCGUGGUUUUUGUCUACGAGGAGACAUGUGCCCAAUGGAGCAUGGUAUCAAUCACAUUGUUGUGGAAGAUGUUCAGAGUCUGUCACAGUUUAACCUUCCUGAUACGGUUCCAACUGCACAGCUAUUAGCAACCCCUUCUGUACCUGGACCACUACCAUCAGGUGUUCCUCCCUCAACCUCUUUAAUGAACAGUGAUGGUAUACAUGGCAAAAGUAGCAAACCCGGAAUGACUGGUGAUGCCAUUGGUUCAAAUGGUGUACAUACUGAUUCUACUGGUGUCAAUGGGGCUGAUUUAUAUGAUCCUGAUCAGCCUUUGUGGAAUAACAAUGGGUCAGAAGCAACAACUUCUCUCUCAGGACUACAUUCACCCAAGGUUCAUGAAACGGGGUCCUUGCACGAUAAUGAAUUGCCUAUUAGAAGUACUGGGUCACAGGGAACAAGUUUGUCUGAUUGGGGUAGAGUUCGUGGCUCAAGAAGUAGAAUAGAUACAAAACGGAAGACCAACCUCACACCGUUGAACUAUCUUCAGGAUGAAACCAAGGGAAAACAAGAAACAUUUCCAUGUUCUCAAGGCACUUCCCAUCGGGUAAAGCAGAUCAGAACCCAGGAUGAUGGCUCCAAAAUGGAUUUGUCACUCAAGUCACAGAAUGAUAGUACAUGUAAUAGCAGAAAACCAACUCAGAAGGCACUUCGUACACUGUUUGUCAAUGGGAUUCCCCAAAAAAGCAACAAAAGUGAGGCUCUUCUAUCUCAUUUUCGUAAGUUUGGACAGGUUAUUGAAAUUUAUAUUCCAUCAAAUAGCGAGCGUGCCUUUGUCCAGUUCUCAAAGAGGGAAGAGGCAGAAGCUGCUCUGAAGUCACCUGAUGCUGUAAUGGGAAACCGCUUUAUUAAGCUCUGGUGGGCUAAUCGAGAUAGCGUACCUGAUGCUGUAGAUAGUGGCACUGGCAUAGCAGUAAAUCCGUGUGGUCUAACAGCUUCCGUUAUUCAAGUACAGCCUGUUGCUAAUAGAGAAAAGGAUAAUCUUCAAUCAAUUGGUCAGAAAAGCAAUGUUGUCCAUGGUGCUGAUGUGCCUUCUCCAAAUUCCCCUAAGCUUGUUAAUAUGAAUGGUCCCAAGGCUCCACCUCCAUUGCAGAAAAAGUUAGAGACUCUGGAGCAGAUGAAAGAGGAACUACGCAAGAAGCAGGAAAUGCUGGAGCAGAAGCGGAAUGACUUCAGGCGCCAGUUAGACAAGCUUCAGAAACAAUCUAGUGGUGUCAAGGGUUCGCUACUGUCUGGACAAGCUCCUAAGAGGCAGAAGGUGGAAAUUGUGGCUGAUCCUGCAAAAGCUUCUACUUCAAGUUCCUCUGAACCUUUUGUAGUAACACCAUGCACUGUAGGGAUGACGGAUGAAAGCAAAUCAACAGAGAAUGACGUGUCCCAUAGUCCAAAAUCUACCCCCAUGGCAUUGCUAGAACCUACAAGCUCAAUGCAGCUUUCUUGUGUGUCAGCACCUGUUCGGCACCCAGUCAUGAUGAACAAAUACAAGUUGGACAACCGACCUAUUUCUUUUUGGGUUAUUCCACCAUUACCUUCCGGUUUUGCUGAUGUUGAUGUUUUGAAGCUACACUUCUCACAAUAUGGUGAUCUUGUAUCUGUGGAACUACAAGAUAUGGAAGAAGAUGAAGUAGGAUCAGAGGCAUCAAAUAAUUGCUCAGUUCUUAUAACUUACAGAGCACGCCAAUCCGCAGAGAAAGCAUAUGCAAAUGCUACAUGCUGGAAUACCCAUAAUUUGCAGUUCUCAUGGAUGACAUCUUGCAAUCACCAACAUGGUCACAAGGAAACCUUAUCUUCUGCACCAGAAUGACCCUUCAAAG